CACACUUCUUUUUUUCUCUUUUGUGAAGCGACGCGGCGUUCACACUCUCCCGACUUUUUCUUGAACAGAUUGCCUUCUGAAAGUUUGGGUUUUCUGCAAGAUCAGCUGUCAUUAGCUGCCAUAAAUGUAACAGAUCGCUAACAAAUAUCUCCAAAGAUGGCGGAUAGCAAUAAUGGUCAAACUGAGCUAGCACCAACUGAACCCAUCCUUGUACCCCAAGCUGAGGAGUCUGCCCCGGUUCUCGAGGCGGAGCCUCCGAUCCCAGAACCAGCUCCCGUGCCCAGCAUGGAACCUGCUCAACAGCUCCAGGCCGAGCCUGUAUCCCAGGAACCCUCAGAGCUCAUCCCUGAAAUCCCGGCUGAUGGUGCCGUUCCUGUUCUGCAGUCUGAGUGUGUCCCCCAGACGGAAGCCGUCCCCGUGUCACAGGACCAGGUCGCUUACAUCAAGGCGGACAACAUUCCCCCAGAGCUCCUCCCAGAGACCCCAGCCGACGGCGCCCCUGUCCUCCAACCGGAAGCUGAGCCUGCUCAACCCGCCCAGGAGCUGGUCCAAGAUGAAGCUGCCCCCCAGAUGGUCCUGGAUGCUGGCGAUGCAGCCCAGACUGAAGCCGUCCCGCAAGAGCCUCAACCCCUCGCCGAACAGGUUCCUGAAGGCGAACCAGGAGAACCAGUGGAACCAGUUCCUGAGCAGGUGGCCGAGGCCCAAGUCGACCCAACCCAAGCCCAGAAUGCCAUGCCUACCUUGGAGCCCCCUUCCAGCGUGCCCUCCUACAACCCCCAGCAGGCCCCGCCCCCGAUCUCCCCACCUAAGAUUACCUCUUACACGGCGGUUCACACCACGACGGGCAUCAUGCGCUACACCCCAGGUAUCAUGUCCGCCCUGGCCGGUAAGUACUCCAACAGCAGCCAGCUGGUGGAGCAGCUGGUACUCAACUGCGCCGGCUGCAUCUCGCUCUCAGACAUCCGAGUCCUGGAUAUGUCCGGCCGUAAGAUCAUGAACCUGGACCCGGCAGUGUUCUCCCGCAUGCCUGACCUAGAGGAACUUGACCUGUCCUUCAACAAAAUCAAGGGUUUUGAUACCCAAGUUGGACUGAAGAAACUGCGAUAUUUGAACAUGAAGAAGAACGGCCUGAAGAGCGUACUGACCCUGGAACAGUUUUCCAAUCUCGAAGAGCUGAACAUUGAGGAGAAUGACUUAAACCCUCCUGAUCAGUACAUUGCCGUCUACCUGCUGCCAAAACUCAAGAAACUGAACGGUAAAGACGUGGACAUCAGAGACACCAUUCAGACCAUGGAAGAUGUACUCAAAGAAAAGCUGCUCAAGAUCUGGGAGGAGGAGUUUGCGGCCCGCAACGAGAUGCCUCUCAACAAGGCCGAGACCAGGGCCCUGGAGCAAGAGUUUGUCCAACGUCUCAAGGACUGCAUCCAGUACGGACCCAGCUCACUGGUGGAGUUCACCCAUCACAUGCUGACAGUUCUUGCCGAAAAGCACGUGGCCACCCAGACAGCCUACUGGCGCAAGACCGUCCCCGAGCUGAUCCAGGGCUCGACGACUGGCGGCCAGACUCCGGCGUCCGGCAACAAGGUCAGCAUCAAGCUCCCGGUCAAAGAGGAAUCGCCGGCGAGCACCAGCCCCGCCCCCAUGGAGAAAGAGAAAGGGGCAUCGGAUGAGGCCAACUCACUGGCGGCAAGUCUAGAGGCAGCGGUCAUGGGCAAGGUAGCCCAGGCCCCGAAACCAGACCAGGAUGAAGAAACGCCCAUGGAAGAGGACGGGAAACCCGAAGCGCCGGCAGACACACCUGCCACGCCCGGCAAGCCUGCCACGCCCACCAAGCUCACCACGCCCAAGAAGUCCCCAGCCGGGAACCAAUCCCCCGCCUCGGCUAACAAGUCGCCUGCCGCCCAAACUCCAAGCAAGUCGCCUCUGAAGACGCCCAUCAAGGGCCCGGUCAAAGUCAUCGUCGUCAAGAGGCCCGUCCCGCAGGAUGCCGGCGCCACGAACGGGGAGGAGCCAAGUCCGAAGAAGAUCAAGGAGGAAGAUGCGCCGGUCAAGAGGAGGCGAGGAAGGCCGGCGGGCACCGGAGGGAAGUACACCAAGAAAGAGAAGACAGACACAGCGCCGAAACCUAAAGUAACACCUGCCAAAUCAACACCUACCAAAUCAUCAGUGGUGAAUAGUACAGGCAAGAAAGACAAGAAAGUCUCGAGCGGUUACGAGGUGAUCCACAUGCUACGCUGCCAUUCCAUGGAGAAUGACCCCACGGACGCUAAGACCAAUGUCUGGAAGUGUUCAUUUGAGCCCAGCCUAGAAAAACCAGGAACCAGUAAGUGGACGGUUGCUUCAUGCGGAGGCAACACGGUGUGCAUCACAGACUGCAGCACCGGCAAGGUGCUCAAGAAGUACCAACAUGCCAAGGACAAAGAGGAGUUCUACUGCGUUUCCUGGACAACCAUCCCCAUGGAGCUAGAGGAGGGUAACGCUAGCAACGUCAACAUCCUAGCCGUGGCGGGGACGCGGGGCAGUGUCAAGCUGCUCCACACUAACCAGCUGCUGUGCUACUCUGAGAUCAAAGGAGACCGUCGGCCCAGGCCCAUCAACUCACUGCUGUUCCACCCGGAACAUUCUACAUGGCUGCUGUGCGGAUCAGAAGACAUCAUCAUCUGGGACAUUGGCAUACCUGAGGGACCCGAGUACAAAUGUAAAACAAAAAAGCUGUACCACCUUGCAGCCCCCGGUCGCGUGCUGGGCCUCGUUGCACUGCCCUCGACUGACUUCAUCUUGGCCGGAUGCGAGAACGGUUGCUACGGAUGGAGGACGGAUAACAAGCAGCCUGUGGGCAAGAAAGGAAGGCCUCAUGCGGUGGAGUUUCUGCUGCCCAGCAAGGCUCGUCUGGCCGAGGCUAUCAAGGGAGACGACGAAGAGGAAGAAGGCGAGGGGGAUAUGAUUGAUGGACUGGCACUGCUUAAUGACAAACUAGUCGCCAGCAAAGUUGCCUGCGAUGGAGCCAUCCACGUCUGGAACCUGGUGGACGCAGUCAAGAAGAAACCCAACAACAAGGAAGUGGCUGUCACUCCACAGUGCACCAUGCAGUGGUGUGACUCAGACAGUGUCUAUCUGGAUAUUGGCACAUGGCAAGGAUGUGGGUCUCUAGUCAGUGGUGAUGAUGAAGGCAAGAUCUGGGUGUACGACACCUCCAAGCUGCCAGUCAAUCCGGUCAAAUCACCCACCACCAGGAAACCUCAACAUUUACUGUACUGGCCAGACGAGCAGCCCAACGACAACGCCUCCACCUCCUCCAAUGAUCACAUCAUCAUCAACGACGUCGCUAUCAGCUCCGACUGCAAAUACAUCGUGUCAGUCACCAACAGGAACGUCAUUUGCAUAUGGCGUAAAUUAUAGUGAGUCCAUCACGGAAGCCAUAAUUACUGAAGCUGUAGAAAUAUUGAAUUUUUUUUAAACAUCCUGUGAAUAGAUUUUUUCGGUGGGUGGGGGGGGGGGUGUGAAACUGGAUUAGAUUGCUUAAAAUUUGAACCGAUGUUUCCAAUAUCAGUGAACAUUUUAAAAGUGUUUACGUGUAGAUUUAAGUUUUAGAGAGCUGUAAGCAGAAUAUUUUGCUUAGAAGAAUUACUCCUGCUAAGCGUGAAUCAGUUGAGAAUCGUUCAGAAGUAUCACGCCAAUGAGCCAGUUCGGUAUUUCAACUGCGCACAGUGAUAUGGGUCAGGGGUCAUUUGGGAUAAUUAAAUGCACACACGAGCAGAAUGGGCGUUCGCGUAACAUCACGUAACAUCACGUUUGCGAUUUUAUCCCAAAUGACCUUUGACCUGGACUACUUCAUCGAGAUACCGAACGGGCUUAUUUCGGUGGUAUGCUUGUUUUUCCCUGCUAGUAAAGUCAUCUCUGCUGAGCAAAUGGAGACGAGUUUCAGCUCUGUUUAAAAGAGUAAAAUGCAAAAGCCUCAGAAAUGUGGACAUAAAAAUGCUUUCACUUUUUGACAGUUGGUCUGAGCUGUAUCAAUAUAUAUUGUUUACAAAUAUCAUGAACUGUUUUCCUUUUGUUUUGUUGUUUUUGAAAGAAGCCUUUGUGUUUUUGUUUUUUUAUGAAAUGUUUUGGGCUUACAUUGUCGGAGUCUUAGAAGGACUGGAGCAUUGAGACUGGCUGCCAUCUUGGUCAGGUUUCUGGAAUACAAUGUACAGUAAAGAGUGCCAUCGUGUCUGAGGCACCUGUCUAUUUGGUUACAACGCCUCACUCCCUGCCAUGGCGUAUAUGCAAGCGAAGUCAAAGAUGGCUGUCUUUUGGUCUAAAAAAAAAGUACAUAACUUUUUUUUUAUAAUGUACAGAAUAUUGCAAUGGGAUACCUUGAGAAUUUUUAAUGAUUGAAUUGUGCAAAAUUGUGAAUGCUCUCAAAUUUGGAAUCGUGUUUUUUAUGCCGUUGGAUCCAGAACUUGAUUAGAAUUUGAUUAGAAUCGACUGAAUCAGUAAAUUCACUAUAAUGAAAACUGUGAAAAUAAUUUUUUCAUCAUGAAAUGUUCAAUAACAAAACGUGUAAAUGAAUUUUCUUGGGACGCUGAAACUUUUGAAGAUAUACAUGUACAUACCGAAACUUGAAAAAAAAUUAGUCUUUAGAAAUCAUUGUGUCUGUGCAACAACGUCGUAUCUCCUAAAAUGGCGUGUGACGUCAUGUACGUGUAACGCGAGUUUUCAAUGUCAAAAGGUCGUAUCCCAUUAAAGUAACCCGGAUGUACACACAAAGUCAAUGGGCGUUGAGAUGCGACAUUGGGCACGGAACGUAUUCCCGUGAGAUAGAUUUUCUUGAAGAAUCGAGUUACGACCUUGUUGCACUGACGCGACGAAAUGGUCUUUUUCUCCCCGACUUUGAUAGAGAGCAUAGCUGUUUCAAUUAAACCAGUUUUGUUGUUUUGUGAA